UUGUUUUAUCCUUGUUAUUCGCGAAUGAUAAACAAGGAUAAUCGAUAUUCUGAACGCAGCUCUAGUAAUCCAGCAGGAAAAUAUUCGUAUGAAUCGUAUGUCGUCGGCUUAAUAGACGUAUUGAUUUGAUGCGUAUCGCUUUUGCGCAAAUCUGGACUGGCCUGGACUUCGACAUUUUUCGCUGAUAGGAGAAAGAAGGAGAGGAAAUAGAGAAACACUGGCACAUAUGUAUACGAUGCAAUAAGAUGUGAUUUAAUAACGACAUCGCUUCUGGAUUUGGAUUAACAUCUAUCUUUUCGGAAACACUAUAUAUGUGCAAAAGCUACAUACCUAUAUUUAUUUUUUUCCGAAUUACAUUGUGCAAGUUUUGCACAUGAUAUACAUGAAGUGUUUGGCAUUCAAGAAUUGCUUUGAAGAAUUUUAACGAAAAUGACAGAGACACAAAACGACAGCAUAUAUGAUUCAAUAAUCAUGUAUUACGAAAAACAGGCUAAACAAUGCCAAACGUUUUUACAUCAUCCUAACAUUCACAAGUUUAUCCUCAGAUUUAAGGAGCAAUUAGCCCAUAAUCCGUUUCUACAGGUGGCUAUCUUCAUUGCAAUAGCAGCAUUAUUGGCACCUAUCCUUUUAUUUAUUAUAUUUGCUAUUAUCAGUACUACAUUCGUAUUUAUUGGUUUUAUGAUAAUUCAAGCAACAGUAUUGGCUAUUGGUGCGAGUAUUUUAAGCUUUGUACUUUUCUGUAUCAUAAGUACUAUUGUAAUAGCAGGAUUAUUUAUCCUUUCUGUUUAUUACAUGAUAGAUUAUACAAAUCGUGCGUUUAAUCUUUUGAUGUCCAAAACUUAA